AUGCUGAAUGGACAGCCGACGGAGCUUGCCACACUCAUGGAGCUCGACGAGGAGGCUCCUGAUCCGAGUAGUAGUUUGGAGGAGAUCGCUGAGCAGCCGCUUGGUGGUGUGGCUACCCUGGGGUCCGAGCAGAAGGCUUUCGAGAAGAUCGCUGAGCAGCCUGGUGGUGUGGCUCCUGUGGGGUCCGAGCAGAAGGCUUUCGAGAAGAUCGCUGAGCAGCAGCCUGGUGGUGUGGCUCCUGUGGGGUCCGAGCAGAAGGCUUUCGAGAAGGUCGCUGAGCAGCAGCCUGGUGGUGUGGCCAUCGAGAAGAUCGCUGAGCAGCAGCCUGGUGGUGGGGCUCCUGUGGGGUCCGAGCAGAAGGCCAUCGAGAAGAUCACUGAGCAGCAGUCUGGUGGGGCUCCUGUGGGGUCCGAGCAGAAGGCCAUCGAGAAGAUCACUGAGCAGCAGCCUGGUGGGGCGGCUGGGUCCGAGCAGAAGGCCAUCGAGAAGAUCACUGAGCAGCAGCCUGGUGGGGCGGCUGGGUCCGAGCAGAAGGCCAUCGAGAAGAUCAUUGAGCAGCCUGGCGCCGUGGCCCCUGUCAUGUCCGAGCAGAACCCCGAGAAGAUCGCUGUGAUGUCCGAGCAGGUGGAGCAGAGCUCGAAUUCCGAUGCUGACGGUGCGAAGUCAAAGCCCAAGCAGGCGACAUCAGGUGCUGUGCGAUUCGCUGUGGAGAACCCGCAGCUUCUGCACCAGUUUGAGUUCAAGGAGACAGCUUUUGCGAUUGUUUCCUUUUUUCUAUUCAGUUGUAAUAGCAUAGCCCGGAAGGAGGGGGUUAUGGCGCUGAAGCCGGGCGAGACGGAGCACGACCGGGACUGCAGGUUGGCCCACAACCUGUAUGUUCGCUGCAUGAAGUCCCUGAAGAGUCCGAACUGCCCGCCGUCGGUGGCAGAGAUGUCGCAGAAGGCUCGUCGCGGCAGCCGAACGAUCGAGAACUUGUUCGCGGAUUGGGUAUCCAACCAGGGAGACUGGACACAGACGACGGACCUUAUCAAAAAGGAAGGAAAAGACGAAGCCCUUGAGAUCUAUCACGAAAAAAAGAGGCUCCAAAGCCUGCUCCCAAAGAACAGCGAUGAGGAGUGGGACCUCUUGCGGGUGUGGGACUCUGCGGCCAUCGAGAAGGUGGACAAGCACAAGGUCACGACCGGGACUAACUCCGAGAUGCCAGAGAUGGUGCGGGGGCUCUUGGCAGCGGCCGGCUCGAGCACGGGAUCAGCGGCGCCAGGGGCUGCAGCUGCUCCUCCGAUGAUGGCAUUGCCGUGUGGGACUCCGCUUCCGGGGCAGGAGGAGUUGGGUGCAUCCUUGGGCAACACACAGUUGCCGAUCGUGAAGAAGCCGAAGGCCCUUGUGAACAAAUGCGAGGGCAAGAUCAAGGUCGCGAACGAAAAGAUCGCGGACGUGGAUGUGCUGGUCGAGGAAAUGACAAAUUAUGAGCAGAUGCCGGCUGCCGUGAAAGGUGCCUACACCGGUGAGCUCAAAGCCCAUGUAGAGGGCCUGCAGCUGAAGAUUCAGCUGUUGCAGAAGGAGCUGGACGAAGGCGACGGGUCGAAGUUGCAGGACAACCUUGACGAGUUGGUUCAGGGCAUCAGCGAUUACGGGCAAGCUUCGGGUGGAAUCAGGAAGCUGAUUGUGGUGGCUUCUUUGAACUACCUGUUUUAUGGUUUCCACCCGCGGUUCCCGAUCAUCGAUGGAGCGGGCAAAUGCGGAUCCUUCGGCCCAGUUGAUCGUUCCGACCUGUCUGAAGAGCCCCUGAUGGAUGCUACCGAUGGCCUCCCACUUGUAGCAGCUGUGACUGAAAUCCGGGGAGACUGGAAGUUCUACAAGGCCUCCUAG